GUAAUUAAGUGUGAAAGUGCAAAUAAAGAAAGCAAAACAUUUAGUUUUUUUAUAUUCCUUACACCGAACAAACUAUUUGACUUCAUAGACAAACCGCGAGCCUUUGAAUUGAAUCGUGAAAAUAACCUUCCUUUCCAUAGAAAAACUUCACUUCUGUAGGAACACGCACCUAACAAUUAAGCGUAAUUUACUUAAUAUUUGAAGAUCUUCUGUUAUAUUAGUAUUUGCAAUGAGUAUGUCCGAAAUAUCAACCGAAUCUGAGCUGACCGUGGCCGAAGAGGAAGAAGAUCGAAUAAAUAUCGGACUCUACAUUGGCGGUCGCAAUGCAGCUGGGCAACGCCAUGGUCGCGGUUGGGCCAUACUACCGAAUGGGGAUCAAUAUGAUGGACAAUAUCGACAGGGCAGGCGUCAUGGCAUCGGGUUGUAUGUAUUCAAAGAUGGUUCGCGCUAUUAUGGGUCCUAUCGCUGCGGACACCGCUCUGGUCGCGGCAUGUUUAUCUAUCCCGACGGUAGUAUGUAUGAGGGUUGUUGGCGCAAGAACAUUAAACAUGGCAAAGGACGGUAUAAGUAUAUUAACAAUGAUUGCUAUAUGGGCAACUGGUAUCGCGGCAUGAGACACGGCGUUGGCGUUUACUGUUUCAAGUCGGAAGAAUGCGGCGAACUACGGUUUAAAGGCACGUGGCGUAUGGGUGUGCGUGUGGGUCCGUUUCAAAUAUUUUAUGGUGAUGAAGAUCACUCAACUAUACUACAUGGAACCUGGGAUAAUGAAUACCCACAGGGCCCAGCAGUGUUUACUUUCGAUCAACGUUAUAUGCUGAUGGGGUUCUUCCAAACGCCUGGUAUGACGUAUAAAAGUAAGAAAAGUGAAGAGGGCGAUACGGAGGAGUUCGGUGCCGAAGUCGACACUGAACGCAAUGAGAAUGGUGGGUUCGUUGACGUGUUACCAUCACAGUGGUUUGCUCAGGAUAUUUGUUGUUAUGAUUAUGCACAAUUGCCACAAGAGCCAGUACCGUUGCCUUUGUCUGAUUCCGAGGUGUCUGUAUGUUCAUUGAGUACAGUGCCCACAGAGUUGACGCUACAGCGUAGUAUUAUAUAUGUUGGCGAGGCAGAAGAAGAAGGAGAGGGCGAGUGCGUGGAGUGCAUACCGUGUGAGGGGGUUAGUGAGAGUGAAAUCGAAACGGAAAGUGAGCACAUCUGCAGUCCGCAAGCCGAUCCCUGUGCUAUCGAAAUCAUAAGUGAGCCAAAAGAAUGUUAAUUUUAAAAUAAAAAUUCAAAUAAUUUUUUUUUAUUACUUUAUAAUUAGAUAUGUCAAUUAUUUGUCAUAUGUCAAUUAUUGUAACCUACUGAACGCAAAUAUAAUUGACCAAAAGAAAUACUCAAAUUA